AUGAGCUUCUUUUCAAAACUGGUUCAAGAGCUCGAGGAGCCUGCUUCUGACGAACAAGGAGAUGGACAACGUGGUAUGGGUGGAGGACUAGGCAAUCUCAUCUCAGAAUUCGCUGGCGGUCAAGGCCAAGGUCAGCAACAAUCCGGUGGCGGAUUAGGUGCCUUGAUGCAACAGUUCGAAGGAGGAAGUCAAGGUCAACAAGGUGGUGGUGGUGGUAUGGGAGCACUCAUGAGCCAAUUCGCUGGUGGUCAAGGCCAACAGCAAGGUGGUGGUGGAUUAGGUGCUCUUAUGAGUCAAUUCGCUGGAGGGCAAGGAGGUCAACAACAGUCUGUAGGUGGUGGUGGGCUUGGAGCGCUGAUGAAUGAGUUUUCAGGUGGAGGACAACAGCAGCAGCAGUCUAGUGGUGGGCUUGGAAAUAUGGGUGCGCUUAUGGGUGCCUUGUCUGGACAUCAAGGAGGUUCUGGUGGUAACCCGAUGGCUUCUAUGGGAGGCAUGGGUGCUCUUGGCUCGCUUGCCGGAAUGGCUGGAAUGGCGGGAAUGAUGGGAGGUGGUGGUGGGCAAUCCGGUGCUCAAUCUGGUGACGCAACUACUGGAAACCCAAUGCUUGAUAGUCUUGUUGAAAAAGCGUUUGGCGGUCAAGGAAACACUUCAAAGGAGGAUGAUCCUAGACACAAGGCUGGUUAUAACGCACAAUUCUUACAGCCUCAAGAUCUUCAUGGCAAACGCCGUGCCCUCUUCAUUGGUAUAAAUUACACAGGAUCAUCUCACGCUCUACAAGGAUGCAUCAACGAUGUCAAUAAUGUCAAGACAUUUGUGUUUGGGCAUUACAAGAUUGACCAGUUUAUGGUCUUGACUGAUGAUCAGACUGAUCCACACAAGCAGCCUACUCGUGCGAAUAUAUUGGGGGCAUUCCAGUGGCUCGCAUCCGGUGCUCAACCAGGAGACUCAUUUUUCCUACAUUACUCUGGGCAUGGUUCUCAAACAAAAGAUUUGGAUGGAGAUGAAGCUAUUGGCAUGGACAGCACAAUGGUACCUGUUGAUUACGAAACUGCAGGAAUGAUUCUCGACGAUGACAUCAAUACUCUUAUGGUACAACCAUUACCCGCCGGGUGCCAAUUUGUCAGUGUAUUGGACUGCUGUCACUCUGAAUCUCUACUUGAUUUACCUUACAUCUACACACUCAACGGCAACCUCGAAGUCGAAGUGCGAGAUACUCGAGUGGAAGGUGCCAAGAAGCUUGUCGCUGCUGGAAUUGAUUUCCUUCGUGGCAACAAGACACGAGCGUUUGGAGAUGCCAAGGACGGUGUAAUGAUGUUCCUAUCCAAAGACGCAUCAUCCGAAGAAAAACAAGCUGCAAUCCAAAAGACUCAAAAAGAAAAGGGUAGUCGUGCUACUAUAUACAGUUUGUCUGGCUGUCUGGAUGAACAAACAUCAGCCGAUGCACAUCUUGGCGGAUCACCAACGGGUGCCAUGUCGUAUGCGUUGUUGCAAGUGCUGAACAAGACGCCACAGAUUACGUAUUUGGAGUUGCUGAAACAAGUUCGGGGUAUAUUGCAAGGCCAAUUCCAGCAAAUUCCUCAGCUAUCUACUGGGUUCCCUACGAAUAUCAAUGCGCCGUUCUUCUUAUAA